CAAUGAAGAUAAGGACGUCACCCCAGCGUAUGCGACCAAGAGCGAAAGACAACACCAGAUCCAGGACCAUUACGACAUCUCCCAUUAACAUUAAUCCGACCUGUGAACCUGCGCCAGCAAAGCUUGCUCCCAUGCCCAUGCGCUUCCUAUUAAAUCAAUUCUGACCGAAUCCACCUUGAUGUGCAAGCUUUGCUGCCUGAUUAGCUAGGUGGUUGCCGCAUUUUAGCAUGGUUUAAUGAGUUGUGCAGUCAGACAUGCUGAAGCAUAAUCUUUGUACAAAUCUCGUCGGAAGUUCCGUGAUUGCGUGAGGGCACCAGGAUGAUCGCACAGCGAUCUUCUCCUCUCCUUUGUUUGCCGGCGGAACUAAUCUACCAGAUCCUUCAGCAACUUCCCGCCACAUCGCUUUCCGUCGUCGGCGCAACAUGUCGCAGCCUUUAUGAGUUCGUUAUAGAUGAUCGCCUUUGGCAGGCAUUGGUGGAGGAAAACUUACCGGGUCAUCGACUGGACGUGCCGAGCCCUUAUACGUCUUUCAGGGAACUCUUCAUAUCGCAUUUCCCAUAUUGGUUUCUCGUACGGAAUAAAAUAUGGUUUUCGGACGAUGUUCAUACUGGAAGAUUGUUGAUUGCGCGGUAUGACGCUAGACGUGGUUGCAUUGAAGCCUAUGCGCUUGUUGCGGAGCGCGGAUCUCACCUAUUUCAGACCUGGGAAUUCGAUUCCGAUGUCAUCAUCCACACGUUCUCCCCAAGGGUUCGACUUCAUCUCGAUGAAGCAUCGAUAAAAUUAGACCCUAGCGCUUACAAGAAUGCUGGAGGGCGAGGGCUCCAUAAGGAGGUACUCAUGCCUACCGGAAGUGCAGCUCAACGAAUCUUUUCCACAAUUUUCCUCGCGCGAGCGAUUCAUCCUGCAGCUAUCUCGCCCACAACCGCUUUAUGGCCUCCGAGGACAAUCCCUGCGCCGGAGCGGGUCCGAUGCGAAAGCCAAGAAGGGUUUCACGGCAUCGGUCACCGGCCACAAACAUGGGAUGAAGUCAGCGAAACUACUUUCCGUGUUAGGAAAUGGAUGGAGUUUGGCAGUAUUGGUCUGGGUCCAGUCGGAGUUAGGAUGGGCGAAGCUGUGGCCACAUAUAGUACUUUGUCUGAAGAACUUUAUACACCUACCGCCCAAAAGCCGUGGCAAGGAAUAUGGGUUGGGGACUAUACAGGACAUGGCUGCGAGUUCCUUGCGGUUAUGCAGCCAGAUACUCCAAGCGCGUCUGCUCCCCGAGCCCUAUCAUUCUCUUCUGACUCUUCUUCGGCGUCAUCCUUCCCUGAUGGGGAGCAUAACAUGAACGGCAGUUUGUCUGAUGAGAAUCCCAACGUGCCGUCCGUUGGAAACACGACCUAUAGCGGGCGCAUAGAAGCAGUCAAGCUCACGGGCGACAUUAAUGUUCCUCGAGGAGAAUACAGCUUUGUCGCAGACGAUAUCGGAGAAGGCGGCUUUGUCAGGAUCGCCGAAGAAGACAUUUUCAGGGGAGCGAGGGUAGUGAGAAGUGUUGGACACAUCGCCGCUAGAGGGUUCAGAAAUGACAGAUACAUCCCCUCUCAGUUGAUUCUGAUCUCUCCCAAUCGGAUAGCGCAUUAUUGGAAGGAGCUUGGGCAUAUCAGCUUUUAUCAACGAGUAGAUAUUGAAGCUUUUCUUGAUACCGCUUGAGCCACUUCACCUGAAAAAUGGGAUGGGUAUUUUCAAAAUUCGAAUAUUUGCAUAGCGUUAGGAUUGUUUCAUGUAAUCAGGCUAUGGCUGUCUUUUAAAGCUAUGGUUUCCCCUAUAACGUAUUUGAAUCGAGUAUGCUCGCC